AUGCAUAGAGGAAACAUGAGUCCAGAACCAUCAGCACGUUCUGUUCGUUUGGUAGAUGCCCCCAGACUUGUACUGGGUGGAUUAGCCGACUUCAUGUCCAGAAGACGAUCACCCUCUUUCUCACGUAAACGGGAAAAAGAAAAAGAAAUUAAUAAUUUUGAUCGUCGUAAAACGAGUGCACCUGCUGGUUUGCAUUUGGCUGUCAUGCCAGCUCUUGAUGCCAUAAUGGUUCCUUCAUCAUCAAGUUCAUCAUCAGCAUCAAUUGCUGGACAUCGUGAUACAUCAGAUUUGAAUAAAAAUGAAACGGAUGGUAACAUGAAUGCAUCAACAACCCGAACAGCAAUAGAUGUAAUGCAAAGACCACGAAAUGCAGUAUCUCCAAUAGUUCGUAUACAAUACUCAAACGAAGGUAAGAAUAUAAAAUGA